AUGUGCUUUUUAAGACGGCCGGGAGCGCCUGCGAGCUGGAUCUGGUGGAGGAUGCUGCGGCAGGUGUUUCGCAGAGGGCUCCAGUCAUUCUGCCACAGGCUGGGCUUGUGUGUGAGCCGGCACCCGGUCUUUUUCCUCACCGUGCCGGCAGUCCUGACCAUCACCUUCGGCCUCAGCGCGCUCAACCGCUUCCAGACCGAGGGCGACCUGGAGCACCUGGUUGCUCCCAGCCACAGCCUGGCCAAGAUCGAGCGCAGCCUAGCCAGCAGCCUUUUCCCCCUGGACCAGUCCAAAAGCCAGCUGUAUUCGGACUUACACACCCCUGGGAGGUAUGGCAGGGUGAUCCUCCUCUCCCCACCCGGGGACAAUAUUUUGCUCCAGGCUGAGGGGAUCCUGCAGACCCACCGAGCCGUGCUGGAAAUGAAGGAUGGGAGGAACAGUUUUAUUGGACACCAGCUGGGCGGGGUAGUGGAAGUGCCAAACAGCAAAGACCAACGGGUCAAGUCAGCCAGAGCCAUUCAAAUCACCUACUACCUCCAGACCUAUGGUUCUGCCACUCAAGACCGCAUAGGGGAGAAGUGGGAGAAUGAGUUCUGUAAGCUUAUGAGGAAGCUCCAGGAUGAGCACCAAGACCUCCAACUGUACUCUCUGGCAUCUUUUAGCCUCUGGAGAGACUUCCAUAGGACCAGCAUCCUGGCCAGAAGCAAGGUCCUGGUGAGCCUCGUGCUGAUCCUGACCACGGCCACCUUGUCCAGCUCCAUGAAGGACUGCUUGCGCAGUAAGCCCUUCCUGGGCCUCCUGGGGGUGCUCACGGUAUGCAUUUCCAUCGCCACUGCAGCCGGGAUCUUCUUCAUCACUGAUGGGAAGUACAACUCCACCCUGCUGGGAAUCCCUUUCUUCGCCAUGGGUCAUGGAACUAAAGGAGUAUUUGAGCUUCUAUCCGGAUGGCGGAGAACCAAAGAGAAUUUGCCCUUCAAAGACAGGGUAGCUGAUGCCUAUUCUGAUGUGAUGGUAACCUACACCAUGACCAGUUCCCUGUACUUCAUCACAUUUGGUAUGGGUGCCAGCCCUUUCACGAAUAUAGAGGCAGUGAAGGUCUUCUGUCAGAAUAUGUGUGUCUCUAUUCUACUGAACUACUUCUACAUUUUCUCUUUCUUUGGCUCUUGCCUGGUCUUUGCUGGACAACUAGAGCAAAACCGGUACCACAGCAUCUUUUGCUGUAAGAUCCCUUCUGCGGAAUACUUGGACCGCAAGCCUGUGUGGUUCCAGACAGUAAUGAGCGAUGGGCACCAACAGACCUCCCAUCAUGAGACAAACCCCUACCAGCACCAUUUCAUUCAGCACUUCCUCCGAGAACAUUACAACGAAUGGAUUACCAAUAUCUAUGUGAAGCCUUUUGUGGUGAUCCUGUAUCUCAUUUAUGCCUCCUUCUCCUUCAUGGGGUGCUUGCAGAUCAGUGAUGGAGCCAGCAUCAUCAACCUCCUAGCCAGUGACUCCCCGAGUGUUUCCUAUGCCAUGGUUCAGCAAAAGUAUUUCAGCAACUAUAGCCCUGUGAUAGGAUUCUACAUCUAUGAACCCCUGGAGUACUGGAACAGCAGUGUUCAGGAGGACCUGCAGAGGCUCUGUAGUGGCUUUACAGCAGUGUCCUGGGUAGAACAGUAUUAUCAGUUUCUGAAAGUCAGCAACAUCAGUUCCAAUAACAAGACCGACUUCAUCAGUGUCCUACAAAGCUCGUUUUUAAAAAAGCCAGAAUUCCAACAUUUCCGUAAUGAUAUCAUUUUCUCCAGGGCGGGGGAUGAGAACAACAUCAUCGCUUCGCGCUUAUAUCUGGUGGCCAGGACUAGCAGGGACAAGCAGAAGGAAGUCAUAGAAGUUCUGGACAAGUUGAGGCCCCUGUCCCUCUCCAAGAGUAUCCGCUUCAUCGUGUUUAACCCUUCCUUUGUUUUCACAGACCAUUACAGUUUGUCAGUCAUCGUACCUGUUCUGAUCGCAGGUUUCGGGGUUCUCCUCGUGUUAGUCCUGACUUUCUUCCUGGUGAUCCAUCCUCUGGGAAACUUGUGGCUGAUUCUCAGUGUCACCUCAAUUGAGCUGGGCGUUCUGGGCUUAAUGACACUGUGGAAUGUCGACAUGGAUUGCAUUUCUAUCCUGUGCCUUAUUUUCACUUUGAAUUUUGCCAUUGACCACUGUGCGCCACUACUCUACACGUUUGUACUAGCGACUGAGCACACCAGAACACAGUGUAUAAAAAGCUCCCUGCAAGAGCAUGGGACAGCCAUUUUGCAAAACAUGACUUCUUUUCUUAUUGGGUUGCUCCCCCUCCUAUUUGUGCCUUCAAACCUGACCUUCACACUGUUCAAAUGCUUGCUGCUCACCGGGGGUUGCACGCUUCUGCACUGUUUUGUGAUCUUGCCUGUGUUCCUAACCUUUUUUCCUCCUUCCAAAAAGCACCACAAGAAAAAGAAACGCGCCAAACGGAAGGAGAGAGAGGAAAUUGAAUGCAUAGAAAUUCAAGAGAACCCUGAUCACGUCACCACAGUCUGA